AACUGUCAUUUUCCUACUCGCCCUCUGACAUCAGCCACCUUCUCUGUAGCUACAGUUUUUCUGCCCUCAAAUUAAUCCCAGGAGAUGAAAAAUGAGCCUCUCCCCCACCCUUGCUGCUGCCUUUCACCUCACGCCCCCAGAGAAGAGUUUCUUCGCAAGGCAGCCCGUGAAGGUUUUUUUCCAAGUCACAUGAUCCAGGAUGCAGGGGAGAAUCCUUCUUGGAACCGAGAUGGGCCCAGAACCGAAUCAGAUGAGGAGAGAUAAGGUGUGAUGCGGGGAAGACUAUAUAAGAAUGGACCCACGGCUGCAGCAAACACUCAACCAAGUGGCCCCUGCUCAAGACGCAGCCAUGCAUGUGCCAGCUGGCUCUGUUGCCAGCCACUUGGGGACCACUAGCCGCAGUUACUUCUAUUUUACCACGGUCACACUGGCUCUGUGUCUCGUCUUUGCCGUGGCAACCAUUAUGGUGUUGGUAGUUCAGAAGACGGACUCCAUUCCUGACCCACCGGGCAAAUUCCCCCUUAAAGGAGGAAAUUGCUCAGACGCCAUCUCAUGUAUCCUGGAAAGAGCUACAUUCAAGAAGUCAUGGGCCUACCUCCAAGCAUCAAAGCAUAUAAACAAAACCAAGUUGUCUUGGAACCAAGACGGUAUUAUCUAUGGAGUCAGGUAUCAGGAUGAGAAUCUUGUGAUCCAGUACCCAGGUUGGUACUUCAUUAUUUGCCAACUGCAGUUUCUCGUGAAAUGCCCGGGACACUCUGUCGACCUUAAGUUGGAGCUUCUCAUUGACAAAGAUGUCAAAAAGCAGACGCUGGUGACAGUGUGCGAGUCCGAAGGGCAGACCAAAAACAUAUACCAGAUGCACCUCCAGGUCAACACCACCAUAUCAGUCAAGGUGGAUAAAUUCCAGUAUGUGGAUACAAACACCUUUCCUCUCGAGAAUGUGUUGUCCCUCUUCUUAUACAGUAGUUCAGACUGAACCAUUUCUCCUGGCCUUCUGGAAGAAAGCAACUCUCAGCCAUACAGUGCC